CAAAGUUUUCUAAAUGAGGUUGGCGAGAUUGUGUAAAUUAAAUGAGCUAGUAACAAAAAUGGAAGUCGUGGUUUGAAAUUUGGUUUGAUUUUCUAAUAAAGAUUGUAUGCGAAUUCACAAUUAAUACAGUACAUAAUUUUUCAAAAUUAUUUCAAAAUCAGAGAGAAAUAUACAAUUUUAAAGAAUUGUUAAAAAAUUAUUUUGAUUAUGAAUGCUCUGAUAUUUUUUUUAUAUAGAAUAAAAUCGGAUUAUUGUCCAUGUAUAAUAUGAUCCAAUUUUUUCGCGUUUAUGAACUGCAACGUUUACUAUUACAAUUAAAUUUAAAUCAUUACGGCAGAAAGGAUAAAUUGCAACAACGUUUAGUUGAUGCUCUAGCACAAAAUUUUAAUACGAUUGCACCACAAAUUCGAGAAAUAUAUAAAUCUUGUGGUCCAGAUAGUCAACCUUUGCCACCUCCAGUAAUUUCUCAACAAACUUUACCAGACUUAGGACCACCACCAGAAAAAAGAAUGUAUCAACCGCCACAAUUGCAACAUCCAAUGCAACCAGCCGCCCAAUUGGUUGGUGGAAAUAUUGUUGUACCUUUUCAUGGUAAUAUGGCACCGAAUAACUAUCCAAUUCAUCCAGAUGUCAGACUCAAAAAGCUAGCAUUUUAUGAUAUUUUGGCCACAUUAAUUCAACCAUCAACAUUAUUGCCACAAAAUUCUCAACGAUUACAAGAAGCCACGUUUUAUUUUACAUUAACACCACAACAGGCUACAGAAAUUGCUUCAAAUCGAGAUAUACGUAAUGGCUCGAAAAUUGAACACACGAUUCAAGUUCAGCUACGAUUUUGCUUAUUAGAAACGUCGUGUGAACAAGAGGAUUGCUUCCCACCUAAUAUAAUCGUGAAAGUAAAUAAUAAGAUGUGUCAAUUACCUAAUCCAAUACCAACGAAUAGACCAAAUGUAGAACCAAAACGACCGCCACGCCCGGUUAAUGUCACAUCAAAUGUUAAACUGUCUCCAACAGUAACAAAUAAUGUAACGGUUCAAUGGUGUCCAGAUUUUUCAAGAGGCUACGUGUUUUCAGCAUAUUUGGUAAGAAAACUUACAUCGGCUCAAUUAUUACACCGUAUGAAGACGAAAGGUAUCAAACCAGCAGAUUUUACUAGAGCAUUAAUCAAAGAAAAGCUAACCGAGGAUGCUGAUUGUGAAAUAGCAACUACUAUGCUAAAAGUAUCAUUAAUAUGUCCUUUGGGGAAAAUGAAAAUGUCCAUACCAUGUCGAGCGUCUACGUGUUCUCAUUUACAAUGUUUUGAUGCGUCAUUAUUUUUGCAAAUGAAUGAAAGAAAACCAACUUGGAAUUGUCCAGUCUGUGAUAAACCUGCUUUAUAUGAAAGCUUAGUAAUUGAUGGAUAUUUUCAAGAAGUUUUAGCAUCUGCGUUGUUGGGUUCAGAUGACACAGAAAUUCAGUUACAUAAAGAUGGUUCGUGGAGUACUCAUGUCAUGAAAAAUGAAGCUCAAAUUUUAGACACAUCUAGUAAAUCAGUUCAAAAAGUAGAGGUUAUAUCCGACGAUUUAGAACUUAUAACGACUGAACCUGAAGUUAAGCCUAAAUCGAUUGCUCCUGUAACAAUUCCUAUUGCAACAGUGACUCCAACUGUAACUUCCAAUUCAAAUAAUAAUUCAAAUACAAAUGAACCAACAUCAACAACAAAUAAUGAUACAGUUGAUUUAACUCUAAGUGAUUCAGACGAUGAUUUACCUUUGAAACGGAUAGCGGCACCCUCGGCAAAUAAUGGUAAAACGAAUUCAACAUCUAAUGGAACCGUUAAUCAAGCUAAAACGGCACCACAAAAAUCAAAAAAUGAUGAAACAACAAUUAUAUCAUUAGACUCACCAUCACCUCCAUCUAGUCCAGUUAACGUACCUAGUGAUAAUAGCGGAUCAAAUUCUGGAAGUAGCAUAACAUCAACAACAAUACCAUUUUGUCCCUUGCCAGAAAAUCCACUUGAAUCAACAGAUGGAAAUUCAGCGAAUUUACAAAUAAAUCCACUUGCUUUAAAUAGACAAAAUAGUUCUGUGGAUCCAUUAGCAACACCGCCAAACCCAGCUUUUAAUAGAUAUUUUAUGAAUGCAAAUCAUAAUAGUAAUACCAGUAGUAGUAACCCAACACAUUCCAAUUACAAUAUAGUACGACCAUAUAGAGAAGAUGAUGACAAAGAGAAGUAGUAAAAAUCAAAAUAUCCUUUUAUCAUUUAAUUAAAAAUUUAUAUUACCUGAAUCAUCCUUAUUAAAUAAAUUUUUAGAUUUUAGCUUAUACAUAUAUAUAUAUAUAUAUAAGUCACUCACAAAGCUUCAUGAAUUUUCUUUAUUAUUAUUAUGAAUUUGCUCUCAAACUAAAUUUUCUUUUGUACAAAAAAAAAAUCUUUAUGUACGGAUUGGAAUUAAUUUGCUUAAUUACUUUUCAAAAUUAUUGGAUUUAAUUUAUAAAAUCAGACAACAUUAAAUAUUUUUUUUAUUAUUAUUUGUUAAGGUUAAAUUUAAAAUUGAAAUUUUUGGUAAAAAUUGUUUUUGGACUUAAGUAACAAAAAAACCAAUUUUUUUUUUUGUGUGUUGCGUUGAGAUCUUAUUAAUUUAUUUGGACGUUUAGUGUGUAUAUACAUGUAAAAAUUUUAUGUAUCGGACAGUUUACAUUUAAAUUAUUUUUAUUAACUGAAAGAUUUUUGAAAAUCACUCCAACAGUAGGAAAUAAUUUCUUUGAUCUAACCAAAAAAUAUUGAUAAGACCCGGAUGGUGAACAUUUUUUUAUAACAAUCAAAUUUUUAAUGGGAAAUUCCAAUUACAAUAAUUUUGAUAAAUUUUUAAAAACAUCACGAAACCUCCUAACUACUUCAAUUUUUUUUCUUUUCUCUAUGUUAAAUUUAAUGGGUCAAUAUCAGUAUUAUUCCGUUUAAUGAUACAAUCUGGUUGAGUGUUCAACUCCUCACUUGUAAUAGUAAUCGGUUUUUCUCAGUUAUAUAUUUUUUAUGUACCGUUCAUUAUGUAAAAAAUCUGAUGAAGUAAUUAACAACUCAAAUGAAAGUGAAAAUAUAUAAACUAGCAACCUUGCUAGUAAUUAAUAUAGACUUUAUACUCUUGGUCAUGGUUUUACAUAUAGUUUGCUUUCUACCAAAACAACAGUCCUAUAAAAUAAGUGAUCCAAAAUCCUGAAGCUUUCAUGUAACUCCAAAAAUCAUCAAGUUUAAGCAUCAAGACUGUCGGUAACUUC